GUCAGUUGUUUGAUAAUCGAGAGGCAGUGCGGAACCGUCGCCAAAAAUCGCUGCACCUAAAACUUUCGCACCCCCACCGCCCAACAACCAAAAAGAGCGAAAAGGCUGGAAGAUACGCCACAAGAAAAAGAGAGAACGAGAGAGUGUGAGUGAAAGAGAGAGAGAGCGCUUGUCAAGCGACAAUGAGACAAGAGACAGCAACCGCAACAGAAAUUCCAACAGCACCCGCCCAACACAAGAGCCAAAAAACCGCAAUGCAACAAGUGUUGCAUGUGGCACUGCUGUGCAUCAUUGCCAGCACAUUGAUCCAAUUGCCAAUAGUGGCACAGGCUGAACAACAAACGAAAUCCAUAUCCAGCUCCAGCUCUAGCUUCAGCUCCAGCUCCAGCUCCAGCUCCAGUUCCAGCUCCAGUUCCAGCGCCUCCCAAUCACCGGCCAAAUUGGAGCAGAAUCCAUGCGUGAACAAGGCCAAUUGUCAUGAGUGCAUACAGACCCAGAACUGUGGCUGGUGCAUGAAACCCGAUUAUGGUGAUCGGCCUCGCUGUUUUCUGCACACGCCCAAGGCGGAGGUGUGCCCUGAGGAGUACAUCUGGAAUCCGGAUACAUCGGAGCGUAUAUUGAUCAACAAGGAUUUGACGUUGGCCAGCGGCGGUGCCGCCUAUAUAUCAGGUGGCAGCUACGAGAGCAGUGGACGUCAGCAAAGUUCAUCAUCUGGUUCGUAUAGUGCCUCCGGUUCAAGUUCGAGCUAUGGCUCCAGUUCCAGUUCGGGCUCCAGCUCCAGCUCCGGUUACAGUGCCAGUUCGGGCUCCAGCUUCGGCUCAGCAGCAGUCAGCGGUGCUGCCGCCGCUGGUGAAAUUGUCCAAAUCAAGCCGCAACGCGUCAGCCUCAAGUUGCGCAUCAAUGAGGUGCACAAUCUGGAUGUGAGCUACUCACAGGCCGAAGACUAUCCGGUUGAUCUCUACUAUUUGAUGGAUCUCUCAAAAUCAAUGGAGGACGACAAGGAGAAACUAUCCGCAUUGGGUGACAAGCUCUCCGAAACGAUGAAGCGCAUCACAUCCAAUUUCCGUUUGGGCUUUGGUUCUUUCGUCGACAAGGUGCUCAUGCCUUACGUCUCCACCAUACCCAGCAACCUGUUGGAGCCAUGUCCCAAGUGUGAUGCUCCCUAUGGCUAUCGCAACAUCAUGGGCUUGAGCACGGACACAUAUAAAUUCUCCAAUGAGGUAAAACAGGCUGCUGUCUCCGGCAAUUUGGAUGCACCCGAAGGUGGUUUCGAUGCCAUAAUGCAGGCCAUUGCCUGCCGCCAGCAGGUUGGUUGGCGUGAACAGGCCCGUCGCCUGCUUGUCUUCUCAACAGAUGCCGGCUUCCAUUAUGCUGGCGAUGGUAAACUGGGUGGCGUAAUAACGCCCAACGAUGGCGAAUGCCAUUUGAACGGCCAGGGCAUGUACACGCACUCGAUCAUUCAGGAUUAUCCGAGCAUAUCGCAGAUUAACCAGAAGGUCAAACAGAACGCCAUCAAUAUUAUAUUUGCCGUCACACAGAAUCAGUAUUCUGUCUAUCAGAAGCUAUCCAAUCACAUUGAGGGCUCAUCCAGUGCCAUCUUGUCCAAUGACUCGUCCAAUGUGGUCGAUCUUGUGCGCGAAGAAUACAGCAAAAUUUCAUCGACGGUCGAAAUGAAGGACAAUGCCAUGGGUGAUGUUAAGAUCACGUAUUUGUCCAGCUGUCUCAACGGUGGACCACAAAUCAAAACGAACAAGUGCGAAGGUCUCAAGGUUGGCGACAAGGUCACCUUCACCGCUCAGAUAACGGUCACUAAAUGCCCGGCAAAUCCGAAAGAUUGGAAUCAGGUAAUCCAAAUCUAUCCGGUGGGCAUCAACGAGAGCAUGACCAUUGAUCUGGAGAUGCUGUGCUCGUGCCCAUGCGAGCAUAAGGGCUCCACUGGCUAUCAGAUGCAGUCACCGAUGUGCAAAAACCAUGGCACCUUAAUGUGCGGCAUCUGUGAAUGCGAUGAUCUGUAUUUUGGCAAGGCCUGCGAAUGCUCCAUGUCCGAUACGAAUCUGAACAAUGUUAACGAUAAUAUGUGUCGGCCGGGCAACGAUACGAGCGCCCUCGACUGUAAUGGUCGUGGCAACUGUGUGUGCGGCGCCUGUGAGUGUAUUAAGCGGCCCAAACCCGAGGAGAUCAUCUCUGGCAAAUAUUGCGAAUGCGAGAACUUUAGCUGUGAGCGACGCAAGAAUUUGCUGUGCUCCGGUCCGGAUCAUGGCACAUGCGAGUGCAAUCGUUGCGUCUGCAAGCCCGGCUGGACGGGCAGCAGCUGUGACUGCCAGACCUCCAAGGACACCUGCAUGCCACCGAAUGGCGGUGAACUUUGCUCCGGUCACGGCACCUGCGAGUGCGGUGUCUGCAAAUGCAAAUCGACCGAUGAUGGCCGAUAUUCGGGCAUAUAUUGUGACAAGUGUCCGACAUGCUCGGGUCGCUGUCACGAACUGAAGGAUUGCGUCCGGUGUCAAAUGUAUCACACCGGCGAGCUAAAGAACGGUGAUGAUUGUGCCAAAAACUGUACAACAUUCACGCCCGUCGGCGUUGAGAAGGUCAAGAUUGAUGAGCACAAGGAUGAGCAGCUGUGCGUCUUCUUCGAUGAGGAUGAUUGCAAAUUUACGUUUAAAUACAGCGAAGUGGGUGAACUGGUCGUUCAUGCCCAGGAGGAGAAGGAAUGCCCGCCCAAGGUCUUUAUGCUUAGCAUUGUGCUCGGCGUCAUCGCCGCCAUUGUCCUGAUCGGUCUGGCCAUAUUGCUGCUCUGGAAGCUGCUCACCACCAUCCACGAUCGUCGCGAGUUUGCCCGCUUCGAAAAGGAGCGCAUGAAUGCCAAAUGGGAUACGGGCGAGAAUCCUAUAUACAAACAGGCCACAUCCACCUUCAAGAAUCCCAUUUAUGCGGGCAAAUAAACUGGGAACAUCAGCAGUGCAGCAGCAACCGUUGCCAAUUGUUUUUCAUAGUGAAAUUUUGCCAUUUUAACAAACUGACUGUUUAUAUUUGUUUUUUUUUUGGUUUUUUUUUUUUUUAAUUUCUGUUUCUGAUGUCAACAACUAACUAAUCAACAUCUUCAAUCACUUUCCCCCCGGCCUGCCUGUCCACCCAUUUUCAAACCGGUGAGCGUGCAAAAAGAAAAUAACAACAAGCGAUCAAAUUAUGAAAAACUUGCUUGAACAAAAGUCAAAACUGCCAUUGAAGCGCGCUCUCAACUAAGUCAAAUUUUUGAAAAUCUAUAUACAUAUAUAUAUAUAUAUAAACAUUUAGACAGAAAGGAGAAACGAAUUGUGCCUUGCAAUAUACGUAUACAAUAUAUAUUUUAGAUUUGAUAUAUGUGUACAAAGAAAAAGCCAACAUUUUCUAAACAGCCACACACUAACAAUAACAACAGCAACAGCAAUAACUUAAACGCACAAUACAAUAAUAUACAUAUAUAUUAUGUAAUUUGGAUCGAUGGGAGCAGUAUACGAACCUCCUACAACAGCUAUAUUUUCAAAACUUAAACGAGUACGUCAAAAAUUGUGGCUCUGAUUACAACUAACAAACUGAUCAACGAAUCGAUCAUUUCUAAUCUUUAACCAUGUGUGCUCCGUAAGAGCGAGAGAGAGAGAGAGAGAGAGAGAGAUAUCGAGAGAGAGAAAGAGAAAGAGAGAGAAAGAGAAAGAGAGAGCGAGAGAGAGAGAGAGAGAGAGAGAGCAUUCCAAAAGAACAACAAUUUGAAAGCAGACAAUUGUUAAAAGUAAACAAAAUCACAUCAAGUGUUUGGAUAGCGUUUCGAGAGGAGCACAUGUGUUAUAAUUAUGAAUUUUAUUAUUAUUAUUUGUAUUGCUUUUAAUUUGUUUAACACUAGUAUUUGGCACAAGUUUCGCCUGAAUACUACUACCACGUUUCUGAUCGCUUAAUUUAUUAAUGUUCAUGCAAAGUAGCAAUUUAUUUAUUUGCAAAACGAUCCACAAGCAAAAAAACAAUGAAAGAAAAAGAGAAAAACUGGAAGAAAAUAACCAAACACUGAAUUUAUGUCAAUUCAACUAAAAACAAAAAAAAAAAAACAAACAACUGAUUUGUGUUAACUUUAAUGGACUUACGCCCACUUUUUGUUUGCCGUCAAUAUUUCGUGUUUUUUCCUACGUGUAUGUUUUUUUUUUUUAAAUAUUAUUUUAAAUCUAACUUUACAAUUAAUAUUUAAGCGUAUUAACAUUUAAGCUUGUAAUUGUUAUUAGUGUAGGAGCGAAAAUGCUAAACAUGAAGAGGAAAAAAAUACUUAAACAAAACCACAAAUUGUGCGUCGAUUUUUUUUUUAUUUAUGAACGGCAGAAGCGUUCGAUUUUCUUUUUUUUUUAGAAAUCGUGCCUUUCAAGUUCUUGAUUAAUAAUAGAAUAUUAAUGCUACUAUAAUAAAAAGCCAACAUAUUUUUGCGAAUUUGUACUGAUUACUGAUUAACAAACACAAAGAUGAAAUGAGUGUGUAAAACAAAAAAAAAAACAGAAAAGUAAAUAAUUGUUUAUGAUUAC